UGUAAAUUUAACUAAAGCCCAAUAAUAUGGUCUUUCUCUGUAAAGUGUAAACCACCGCGCCCUCCCUCUCCAUCCCGUCCUCUGUGCGAAUUAGCUCCCGUCGUGGCCGCCAACAGCAUCUCUCUCAUUCUUCGUCGGCAUCACCUCUUUCUAAGGAAAAGGAAUAUUAAAGCGGUGGAGUGAAGAAUGCAAGCAGGUGAAGGUGCCCUAUCUGUGAUGGGCCCACGCCCAAUGGAUUUAUCAAGCAUUACUCCAUAUAGUGGGAGUGGGAGUAAACAAAGAACAUCAAGUUUAUUGUCACCAAUCAUGCUGCUGACAGGUCACCAGAGUGGCAUAUACACCAUGAAGUUUAAUCCAUCAGGAACAGUGGUGGCUUCCGGGUCCCACGACAGAGAAAUCUUUCUAUGGCACGUAAGUGGGGAAUGCAAAAACUUCAUGGUUCUAAAAGGUCACAAAAACGCCAUCUUGGAUCUUCAGUGGACCACAGACGGGUCCCAGAUAAUCUCCGCGAGUCCAGACAAAACCUUACGCGCAUGGGAUGUGGAAACCGGGAAGCAGAUCAAGAAAAUGGCGGAACACUCCUCCUUCGUGAACUCAUGCUGUCCCUCGCGCAGAGGACCUCCGCUGGUUGUGAGCGGCUCAGACGACGGCACCGCCAAGCUGUGGGACCUCCGCCAAAGGGGCGCCAUCCAGACAUUCCCAGAUAAAUACCAGAUCACAGCGGUUGGUUUUUCUGAUGCCUCAGACAAGAUCUACACGGGUGGAAUCGACAACGACGUGAAAAUAUGGGAUUUGAGGAGAAAUGAGGUGACAAUGACGCUUGAAGGUCACCAGAACAUGAUAACGGGUAUGCAGCUAAGCCCUGAUGGGUCUUAUCUUUUGACCAAUGGGAUGGAUUCUACGCUUAGGAUUUGGGACAUGCGCCCUUAUGCCCCACAGAAUAGGUGUGUGAAGAUAAUGGAGGGACACCAGCAUAAUGUGGAGCAGAAUCUUCUGAAAUGUGGGUGGUCCCCUGAUGGGAGUAAGGUUACGGCUGGAAGCUCUGAUCGGAUGGUGUAUAUUUGGGAUACGACUUCACGGCGGAUACUUUAUAAGCUUCCUGGCCACACUGGAUCGGUUAACGAAUGUGUGUUCCACCCAACUGAACCCAUCAUUGGAUCUUGCAGCAGUGAUAAACAGAUAUAUCUUGGGGAGAUCUGAAUUUUCUUUUCUUCACUUCAAUGGGACCAUUUUGUUUGUGUUUGUCAAUGUGAAUUCUCUCCAUGACUUUAUGUUUCUCUGAGUACUGUUUUGUGUACUGUUUCACUUACUUACUCUUUGUAGUUUGGGAAUUGAUGGAAAUCUGUCUGGAUUACAUGUAAUUUCUUGUUUUCUUGGA